CUAGCUCCUAAGUUCACCUAGACUCCGUCCUUAAUCCUAACAAGUGGUAUCAGAGCAAUAUUAAGGACAUUGAGAGGAGUCUACAGAAGUUUGAAGACCCUUCUAGACCCACCAUGGCCUAUUCUUGAACUUUGAUUGAACCUUUGAGAUUGAGAGUUAAAAAAAUCAUCCGCCCGAGCUUCUCGCCAUUUGCCGCCCCCAUACUGCUCACCCUGAAAAAGGACGGUGGGUACCGAAUGUGCAUUGACUACAGAGCACAAAACAGGGUGAGUAUCAAGUCGUGUUACCCUAUCCCGUGCACCAACAAAUUGAUUGACCAAAUUCGCAAAGCUCGCUUCUUCGCCAACAUAGAUUUACGAGGGGGUUACCAUUUGAUUCGCGUAGUCGCAGUUGACUGUCACAAGACUGCGUUUCGCACUUGGUACGAAAGUUUCGAGCAUGUAGUUAUGCCCUUCAGGUUGACGAACACCCUGGCAACUUUUCAGAUGACCAUGAACCAGAUCUUCAGUUCACUCGUAGAAAAGUGUGUUAUAGUCUACCUAGACAACAUCCUGAUCUACAGCGAGACCCGGGAGCAACACUUAAAGGACCUCGAAGCAAAAAGCAUCUCAACCAAAGAAAAAGCCCGACUCUUCAACUCGACCGUCAUUCACCUCCACGGAAUCCCAUCAUUUCGGAUUGUGACACAAAAUUCACCAGUAACUUUUGGCGUAACCUCUGGGAACAGUUCAGCACGCGCCUGCAGUUCUCCGCCUUCCAUCCCGAGACUGACGGCUAGACCAAACGGGCCAAUCAAACGAUGGAGCGUGCUCAAGAUCGUGGAAGAACCAUGUUCGAAGCCGACCUUCCGAGCACCAUAUCGCCUCAGCCCCAUAGAGCUAGCCGGCAUGAAGAAACACAUCGAGUAUCUCCUCGCCAAAGGGCUCAUCCGACCAUCCACAUGGCCAUACGGUGCCCCAGUACUCUUCACACCAAAAUCGGACGGAAGCCUGCGCAUGUGCAUCGAUUACCGAGCUCUCAACAAGCAGAUCAUCAAGAACAAGUACCCGAUUCCACAAAUCGAUGACCUGCCUAAGCAGCUUCGGGGAGGGACGGUAUUUUCCAAACUAGAUUUGUGGUCCGGAUAUUGGCAGAUAAGAAAGGCGGACAAUUCCAUCCACAAAACUGCCUUCCGAACUCGGUACAGGUCGUACGAUUAUCUGGUAAUUCCGUUCGGACUCACCAACACACCGGCAACAUUCCUAGCCGAAAUGAACCACAUUCUACGUCCACUCUUAGACGAAUGCAUGGUGAUUUACCUGGAUGACAUCCUCAUCUACUUGCGCGAAAUGAAGCAACACGUCGAACACCUGCGACGCGUCUUCGACAUUCGUCGACAAGAACGAUUCUACGUCAAAUUGUCCAAGAGCGAAUUCGCCCUCAAAAGGGUCCACUUCCUAGGACACAUGGUGAGCGCUCAAGGAUUUCACGUCGACCCCAGGAAAAUCGAAGCCGUACGCACGUGGAAGACACCCGAGAACAUGAAGGAGUUACAGCAGUUCCUAGGCUGCGCUACCUAUUACAACCGGUUCGUGCCACAGUACGCGAAAAUCGCCGCACCACUCAUGAAUCUGCUGAAGAAGAACACGCCCUAUAAGUGGGAACCAAGACAUGAGGAAGCCGUGGAGCUGCUGAAACAAGAACUCACGUCCGCACCAGUACUCAUCUUGCCAGACCCUGAACGCGACUACGUUAUCGAAGUUGACGCUAGCAACCAGGCAGUGGGAGCAAUCUUGAUGUAAGACCAGGGGAAUGGACUGCAAC